CUUUCCCUAAACCAAUUGUGCAGCAAAGACACAUGCCACUUGGUGCAAAUUCCCGCCAAGACAAGAAAACAAUGACCAGGUCAAUAUUAUUGGMUGACUUUGAUGAUAACUUCAAGCCAGUUAUUACAGGAUCGGCUUACGUCCAAUUUGAAGAAAAAGAUGCGAAUCAAGGACGAAUUGCAGAGCUUAUAAAGCAGUUUACAAACACACAGGAGUCAUAUAUUAUUUGCGACGGAUCUGGUUUUGAAAUACCAGACCAGCCAGAAACAAGGGGCUUCGAUUUUUGGAGGCCAUCUGCUAAAAAAUUCCUGGCUGUUAAAAUCAGCAGAUAUCAUGAUAUUGCAAAAAAAAGAGAAGAAAGGGUGCACAAGAGGAAAAGAUCAUCUACAUGUACAUCAGUAGACGACAUGCAAGAAGACAUCACUACUCUGUUGGCCCAUCAACAGGAGACUGUUAAGUUGUGCAGGACCAUUAAUGAGGACAUGGCUAAUAAUAGUAAUAGAGUUGAASUUAGUCUGACAGAAACUGAAGAAAAGAUAGAGGAUGUUGCUGAAAGAGUGAUCACCAAAAUUGCCGAACUUAAGAGCACUAUCAAAACUGAUCUCAUGGAUCUUUCAGUAUUGAAAGACAUGAUAAGUGAUGCCAUGGGGUCCAGUGAGAUCAUUAAUGUGGUGAGAGGUACUUUAACUUGUCAAAUGUGUAACAUUGUUCCCUCACCAGGAACACUAGUUUUUGGAAUUUGCUGCAGCCAAAUAUUGGGCUGCGGAAACUGCGUUCAGACAUGGUUAAAUGAAAAUGAAACAUGUCCUUUAUGCAGAGAAAAUGCAGUUAGCAAAACAAUCCCAAUCAGAAGUCUAGACAAUAUCUUGGCCAAGUUGACCAAGUAGUCUAAUCAUGGUUUCCAUAAAGUCUGGAUGUUAAUUAUGUUAAGUUCAGUUUAUUUCUAUUAAGUAAAAUAUUUGUGGUUUUCUGAGUCAUUAGACUUCUUUUUUGGCAAGUCAACAACUUUUGGUGAAGCAUGAUGUCAGCACAUUAUUUCCAUCAUAUUUCAGAUAAUAAACAAAAAAGACUUGACAAAUGAGAAGGUAUUCAGCUCUUACAUUCAGUAUUAAUUGUGUAUACGUCGCAUGAAGUGAAGUUCAUCCUAACAAUUGAAAGCACUUUCUUACAGUUCAGAUUGCAGAUGAAACAUCAAAAAAUUAAAUUCACAUAAAAAAGUAGAACAGUUGAAUCAUUUUAUGUAACAAGCUAGUCGGGCAAAGCCGAAAACCACCAAUAUUUGUCCAAGUCAAUGGAUUGUGUUAACCAAAAAGAUAACUAAGCUAUUUAGAAAGUCUUUUUUGAAAGAUUAGACAUGUGCACCCAACAAGGAGCAUUUCUUAAUUUUUUUCYWAAAAAAACUAUGACCAUAUAUAAAAGGCAGUCUKGUCUUCUGAAAGGUGAACCACUGUUGUCUGUAAUUAUAAUGUUACCAUAGUGGCAAAACAGCAAAGGACAUAAUGAUGAAAAAGAUGUAGUCACUCAGUAGCCUUCUAUUGUGGCAUAUCUCCAGCUUUUUCCCUCUUUAUAGAUUUGAGCUUCCUGUUUUCUGAUGCCUGUGAGGGUUAUUGGAUAACGUCACCUCGGUUGGCUGCAUAAGAGGCUGUCAAUACGAAUCAAUUUGAAGUAAUCAUUACAGUGGUACAUGUACCUCUAUCACCCUUUUUGAAUUAGAGGUUGGCCACAGGGUGAAUAGGAAUUCUGGUCACUGCUUGCAUGUAUUAARCAGCUGUUUUGAGAUUGCCCUUUUUUAAGUUGUGUUGCCGUUGUGUUUAAAACAUCACUUUAUCAGUUAUACAAAACAAAUUAUGAUUUAUUCAUCGAUCUCUAAUAAUAUUUUUUAUGCAUAUCAUAGGUCCCUAGGAUUGGACACAUGAAAAAGUUCACAUUAUACAGUUUCAUAA